AUUUAAGUUUAUACGGUUGACUUUGUUUAUACAAGUCUAUGUUUGCCAAAAUGCAAACAUUUGGCCGUAUCCACAAAACAUAGUAAUUGAAAAAUCAUUUUUUACAAUUGAUAAAAAUGUUAACUUUAAUGCGCAAACUACUGGCAAUUGCGGUUUAUUGCAACCGGCAAUUGAUAGAUAUAAACAAUUGAUAUUUAUUGAAGAUUGUCUACGAGUUGGUAUAUCAGGUAAUAAAACAUUAUUUGAUAGCAAAAUAAAUUUGGCAACACUUCCCGGUUAUAGGGGAGACAUAACAGAGAUUAUUAUUAAAGUAACUCAAAAAUGUGAUACCAUUCCUCAUAUUGAAAUGGAUGAAUCGUAUAAGUUAACAAUAGGUUCACAUAAUAAUGUCAUAACAGCUCCCAAUAUCUGGGGAGCCAUACGAGCGUUGGAAACAUUGUCGCAACUGAUUGUAAAUGUGGGACAAAAUCAGUUUAUUGUUAAUAUCACCGAAAUUCAAGACUAUCCGCGUUUUAAACACAGAGGUCUUGCGUUAGACACUUCCAGACAUUUUAUAUCAGUUCAAAAUUUACUUAAAAAUUUGGAUGCAAUGGCUUAUAAUAAACUAAAUGUUUUUCACUGGCAUAUUGUCGACGACCAGUCCUUUCCAUAUGUUAGUCAAUCAUUUCCUAAAUUAAGUAGUAAAGGAGCCUACGAUCCGAAAAAUCUUGUCUAUACACCCGAUGACAUACGGACUGUCGUCAAAUAUGCCACCCAAAGAGGUAUAAGAGUAUUGGUUGAGUUUGACACUCCGGGACAUACCUUAUCGUGGGGUAGAGGACAGUCAGGUUUGCUGACUACUUGCUAUGACGGUAGUGAUCCAAAUGGUCGCUUUGGACCAAUAGAUCCGUCCAAGGAUUCGACAUACAAUUUUCUUGUUAAAUUUUUUACUGAAGUUGUCGGUCUAUUUCCCGAUAAGUACUUGCAUUUAGACGCCGAUGAAGUGGAUUAUGACUGUUGGCGAUCUAAUCCAGACAUCAAAGCCUUCAUGAAAGCAAAAGAUUAUGGAAAUGAUUAUACAAAACUUCAAGAGUAUUAUCUCAACAGACUAUUCAAUAUAGCAAAGACAUUGAACAACAGUUAUAUUGUAUGGAAUGAUGUCUUAGACAAUGGCGUCCAUUUGGCUACCGAUGCAAUUGUUCAUCUUUGGUAUAACGAAGACGACCAUCACGUCAAAUGGCAAAAAGUAAUGGCAGACAUCACCAAACAGGGCUACACUGUCAUCCUGUCAUCACCAUGGUAUCUUAAUGUUAUCGACUAUGGAAACCAAUGGAAAAAUUAUCAUUUAGCUGAUCCGCAAGAGUUUGAAGGAACAGAUCAUCAAAAAAGUCUAGUUAUUGGAGGAGAAGUCGUAUUUUGGAGUGAAUAUUUAGAUUCAGCCAGUUUUAUACCAAUUGCAUGGCCCAGAUCUAGCAGUGUUGCCGAAAGGCUUUGGAGUUCAAAAAAAAUACAAUACUCUAAAUCAACUGAUUUUAGAUAUAAUCGACAAAAUUGUUUAAUGCAAAUACGUGGUAUAAGAGUAGACGCCACAACCGGUCCUGGAUUUUGUCGCUGCGAUUACCAAAAUUUUUCAGUGGGUGACAACAUAUGGCCGUUCCCGCAGUCGAUGAUCAUAAACGAAACAUUCUUCAUAAUAGAUCCAAACAACUUUCACUUUGUAUCGACAAUUAUUGGUGACUGUGAUCUAUUAGACAAAGCUAUUGCCAGAUAUAAGAAAUUGUUUUUCAUAGACGACUGUUCACUGGUCGACCCGAACGGAACAGAAAAAUUUUUCGAUGAAAAAUCGGCAAAUAAUUUGACAAAAAAUAUCAAUUUUAAGGGCAUUUUGACAAACAUUACGAUUUUGGUCAGUCAGGAGUGCGAAACUGAACCGGACAUCGAUAUGAUUGAAAACUAUUCAAUAGAUAUCAAUGAUAGGAUGACACUUAUCUACUCGGAGAGUGUUUGGGGUGCCAUACGGGCAUUGGAAACAAUGUCUCAAUUGAUUGAAAAUGUCGGAUACAAUCAGUUUAUUGUUAACUAUACAUCGAUUAACGACUUUCCUCGUUUCAAAUAUAGAGGACUACUUAUAGACACUGCUCGACACUAUAUAUCUGUCCAACGAUUAGAGCAAAGUCUAGAUGCUAUGGCUUAUAAUAAAUUGAAUGUCUUUCACUGGCAUAUGACUGAUGACCAGUCAAUUCCGUACGUCAGUCAAGUCUAUCCUAAAUUAAGUCUCAAAGGGGCCUAUAAUUCAAAGACACACAUCUAUACCAUUGAAGAUAUCAAUCGUGUCAUUAAUUAUGCAAAAGAGAGAGGAAUAAGAGUUUUGAUAGAAUUGGAUACUCCGGGCCAUACUAUGGCCUGGGGUAAGGCAUACCCAGAGUUAAUGACACAAUGCUAUACAAAUGGUAAACCAAAUGGUAAUUAUGGACCAUUAGAUCCAAGCAAACAAUCAACAUAUGAUUUCAUUGAAAAACUAUUCAAAGAAAUUCUUGACAUCUUUCCCGACCAAUACAUACAUAUAGGCGGCGAUGAAGUGGAUUAUAACUGUUGGCGAUCUAAUCCUAAUAUCAUUGAUUAUAUGAGAGCCAAAAGUAUUAUUAAAAAGACUGCUGCCAUCAGUAAGAAGUCGGAUAUAGAGUUUGCCAAACUAGAGGAACAUUACAUCAAAAAAGUGAUUGAUAUCAUCAGAUCAUUCAACAGAUCAUCCAUUGUCUGGCAGGAGAUAUUCGACAAUAAAGCAAAACUAUUGCCCGACACUGUCAUACAUGUGUGGAAGUACGACAACUGGCAGAGCGAGCUCUUCAAUGUUACCAAAGCUGGUUAUCAGGUUAUACUGUCUUCGUGUUGGUACUUGAAUAGGAUCUCAUACGGAACCGAUUGGCACAAGUAUUAUACGUGCGAACCGUUCAGUUUCAAGGGUACUGAACAACAAAAUAAUUUGAUUAUCGGAGGGGAGGCAACCAUUUGGGGUGAAUGGGUAGACGGAUCCAACUUGAUUGGUCGCACGUGGCCCCGUGGACUGGCAGUCGCCGAACGGCUAUGGAGUUCGCGGGAAAUGAAGAACGCGUUUACAGCCAACAGACGAUUCAAUAGACAACACUGUCUUAUGCAAACUCGUGGUCUUCGUGUAGAGCCGUCCAACGGUGUCGGACACUGUCAUUGCGAUCACUUUCUCUGAUGAUUGAAGAUAACAAACA